AUGGUGAUAAAUUCCAUGAUGAUAGCAAUGGAGGCUUGCUCAAAGAGCGUUUCAAAGACAUUGAUUUACCAUGUUGGUUCUUCAUUGAGAAAUCCAUUCAGAAUUGCUGAUCUUGAGGACAUGUCCCAUCAAUAUUUUACGAAACAUCCUUUGAUCGACAAAUAUGGAAAACCCGUGACAAUGUUGAAGAAAGUUACUUGGAUGUCUAUGAGUUCAUUUGACCUGUACAUCAAGAUCCGAUACAUGUUACCUCUCAUGCAGUAUCUAUCAUCUGUACAAACACAAAGACCACUUUUGCGACUGCGUAGUUCGGUGGUGAACAAUUCUGUGGUUAAAAAGUUGCGAAAAGACUUCGAUGACAAGAACGCAGAAAAUUUAAGGAUGGAAAAGAAGGAAGAAGACGAUGAUGUUGGAAGCUUUAACUUCGAUCCGACAAGCAUUGAUUGGAAGGAGUAUCUGUUAAACGCUCACAUUCCUGGACUUGUUGAGUACGGUGUGAAGUAA